UGGCUGGCAAUACGGAAGUAACAAACAGGGCCGCCCACUGCAAUGAACACAUAUGUUGGCCUUGUAGCGUGUGUUUACAACUGAGACAUUUUACGACAGUGUGUCCUUAUAAUUCUACAGGUACAUUAAGGCGAGUGAACUCGUAGGAAAAGUCUUCUUGACAGAUAUGGACGACGUGACAGGAGCUCAGCUUAUUGCUGAGUCUCUAAAGUCUCAGAAAGUGGAGUACAUGUUUGGGAUAGUUGGUGUCCCUAUCAUUGAAGUGGCCAUGGCUGCUCAGGCUGCAGGGAUCAAAUAUGUGGGAAUGCGAAACGAACAGGCGGCAUGUUAUGCAGCAUCAGCUGUUGGAUAUCUCACUGGAAGACCAGGUGCCUGUCUGGUGGUGUCUGGUCCUGGACUCAUUCAUGCUUUGGGUGGAAUGGCCAAUGCCAACGUGAACUGCUGGCCUGUAGUUGUUGUUGGAGGGUCCUCAGAUCAAAACCAGGAAACCGCAGGUGCCUUUCAGGAGUUUCCUCAGGUGGAAGCAUGUCGUCUUUAUAGCAAGUUCUCUGCUAGACCCAGCAGUCUGGAGGCCAUCCCUUCAGUGAUAGAGAAGGCAGUCCGCACAAGCAUGUAUGGACGUCCAGGUGCCUGUUAUGUGGACAUUGCAGGGGACAUGGUCAAUGCUAAAGUGGACAGGAGCAGAGUCAGGGUUACAACCUGUUGUCCAUCUCCUCCGGUGAGUUUGGCUGACCACAAUGCUGUCUCUGAGGCCAUCACUGUGUUGCAAAAUUCUAAAAGACCACUGAUCAUCAUUGGCAAAGGAGCAGCGUAUGGCCGAGCAGAAGCUGCUCUGAAGGAGUUUGUGGAAGUGAGUGGUCUGCCAUUUCUACCCACCCCUAUGGGGAAAGGUGUCUUACCUGAUGAUCACUACAACUGUGUAGCUGCUGCCCGAUCCAGAGCUCUCCUCAAGGCUGAUGUUGUGCUUUUGCUUGGAGCCAGGCUGAACUGGAUCCUCCAUUUUGGCAUGCCACCUCGAUUUGACCCAGAUGUCAAGAUAAUCCAGGUUGACCUUUGUCCUGAGGAGAUGGGGAACAAUGUGAGGCCUGCUGUCGCUCUCCUGGGAGACAUCAAUGCUAUUGUCACUCAGCUUUUGGAGCGUGUCCAUAAAGAUGGCUGGAAAUAUCCCUCUAAUACAGAGUGGUGGAGCACGCUAAGGGACAAAAUUGCUACGAAUGCAAAAAUAUCAAAGGAAAUGGCGCUUCAACCUGCAGUGCCCAUGAACUACUACACAGUGUUUCAUCAUGUCUCCCAGCUGUUGCCACAUGACUGCAUCAUUGUCAGCGAGGGUGCAAACACUAUGGACAUAGGCCGUACCAUGUUGAACAACUACCUUCCUCGACACAGGUUGGAUGCUGGUACCUUCGGAACCAUGGGUGUAGGUCUUGGUUUUGCUAUCGCAGCAGCUGCUGUGGACAGAAGUGAGAACAAAGGCCAAAGGAUAGUCUGUGUGGAAGGAGACAGCGCUUUUGGCUUUUCUGGCAUGGAGGUUGAAACCAUGUGCAGGUAUAAUCUACCUGUGAUCAUCAUCGUGGUCAACAAUAAUGGUAUUUACAGUGGAGUGGAUCCUGAGACGUGGAAAGAAAUGGAAAAAAUGGGAGAUCUCACCACCAUAGCCCCUCCUGUGACCCUCCUACCUGAGGCUCGCUAUGACGAGGUCAUGACAGCAUUUGGAGGUCGAGGGUUCCUGGUGAGGACGGUGGAGGAGCUGCGCAGUGCUUUACAGCUCAGCCUGAGUGGCUGGGAGAAACCGAGUCUCCUGAACGUGCUCAUCGACCCGUCUUCAGACAGAAAACAGCAGGAAUUCCCCUGGCUCACUCGCUCCAACUUAUAGACUGAACAAGGUGUCUGCACCCUCCUUUGUCCACAACAUUAUCACAACAGGAGAGACACUUUCCUCUGUGAACUCAACCUGGGACAGCUGCCUUUGAAUUUAUGAUUGUUUCCAUGAAAUAUCUAACUAUUUUUUAAUGAUUUUUACUACUCAGUAGUAUUACAAAUAACAAAAUAAUGAAUACAUAAAUAAAAAAAUUUUACUCGUACAA